GCGGGCCCGGCGCUGCCCGGCCCUGAGGCGGCGCGGCGCGGCCGGGUCUGGCGGGCGGCGCGGGGUGCCCUGCGCGGUGCUUGUCCCUGCAGGAAAUGAAUGCGGCGCUGGUCAGCGUCGUGACAGGCAGUGCGAAAUAUAAGCUGCCUCAUCAGCCCUGCUGAUUUGCAGCUUUUCGCGGGGAGAAACAGCGCACAGCGCUCGCUGACAAGAUUUAUGCAUCUGGUUGAUUCUGGUUAACUUCGUGAUUCCCUCAGGCAGAUGGGGCCUGUUAGCUCUGCCUUCGCGAAGGAAAGCAUUCAUUAAUUACGUUCGUUAAUUACGUGGGCUCUGCUGAAUGGCAUUCUGAAAUGUGGAGCAAUGCAAAACACUGUCACGGGUAUUUAUUAGCAAUAAAAAUACAGAGCCUUCAGCCAACGAUUAAAAGAUUUAACUAAAUCGACAUAAACAGCAAGCAUUAUGGGAGUUCCGUUCACAACUUAAUGCUUUAGGAAGCCACCAAGCAAUAAUUAGGCUGCCCAGAGAAGCUGCGGGUGCCCCAUCCCUGGAGGUGCUCAGGGCCAGGUUGGAUGGGGCUCUGGGCAGCCUGAGCUGCUGGGUGGCAGCCCUGCCCAUGGCGGGGGCUUGGGGCUGGAUGGGCUUUGAGAUCCCUUCCAACCCAAACCAUUCUAUGAACUAAAGCGUAGGCUGGCACACACACAAAAUGUCACAUGAAACGUAGGACACUGAUAUACCGUGCUCCCACUCUCCUUGGCUUCACUGCCUGUGACCUGGAAACCAGCCCCAAGUGGUGUCAGCAGGUCCCUGACUGCCACUGUGCCCAGUCUGGAUUUCUUGGCUUCUGGAGGCAGCUUGGAAUGCACUCAGUUUGGUUUCUCUUGUGUUAGCUUGGAGCAUGUCAGUGUGGUUUCUUACAGGGAGUGGGCUACCGUGGUGGAGGUUUACUUUCUUCUGCACCUGAGAGCCUCUGAUCCUUUAAAAUGUGGCCUGAAGUGCAAAAAAUUGAAGUACUCUGAUUAAGGAAUCAUCACCCAUCGCUACAAAAAACAGUAUGCUGUGAACUUGCUUCAAGCUUUCUGCCUCAUCAGCUAUCCCUGACCAGCUGAGCUUGUCUCUGGGGACAUGGCCUUCAGCAGCUGGAAGCGGCUGCUGCUGUCGGGCAGGGCCUGCAGGAGGGGAGGCCCCGCUCUGUGCUGGAAGCGCUGCUGCCACUGGAGUGCUGGCAAGUCGCUGGACCCUGAGGUGAGAGCGUUUUUGGAAGAGAAUACGGAGGUGACCAGCAGUGGGCACCUGACGCCAGAGAUCCGGCUGCGCCUCCUCACCCCUCGCUGCAGGUUCUGGAGGGAAAAGCCUGACCUGUGGCCAUAUGGUGACCCGUUCUGGGCAAUUUACUGGCCAGGAGGCCAAGCCCUGUCCAGGUACAUCUUGGAUAAUCCAUGUGUUGUCAAAGGGCGAUCUGUUUUGGAUCUUGGAAGUGGAUGUGGAGCAACAGCGAUAGCUGCUGUGAUGAGUGGUGCAUCUCAAGUCCUUGCUAAUGACAUUGACCCCAUUGCAGGAACAGCAAUGAUUUUGAACUGUGAACUGAACCACGUGACUCCCUUUCCCAUCACCAUUAAGAAUAUCAUUAACUCAGAGGCUGGCAACUGGGACCUCAUUGUUCUAGGAGAUAUGUUUUACGACGAACAACUUGCUGACGGUCUUCAUCACUGGCUGAGGAAAUGCAUCAGGAUACAUCAAACUGAAGUGCUGAUUGGUGACCCUGGCCGGCAUCAGUUUUUAAGCCACAGCAUUCACAACCAGUUGCGUAAAGUUAUAGAAUAUUCACUUCCCGAGUAUACUAGACAAGAAAGCAAUGGAUUAACAUCAAGUAUUGUCUGGAGUUAUCAGCCCUCCAACAGCUUAGGAAGCUGUUAAAGGUAGCUCUCUAGUGAACUUUGUCUCACUUGGCUGUUUUCUAAGUAUAUAGAAUGAAAAUGGGAAUUGAACGUGGAACACAUCUGUUGCUACAAAGUAGAGUACUGUUCCUUCAUCGUACUUAUUUCAGUCAUGUUCAUUGAGGCUUUGGCUCUGUUUGAGGUAAAACUACAUGCAAACUUUAUUCAGCAAGGCAUGCUGAAGUGCAAAUCCAAAGAUAAUUACGCUUUGGAGUUUGCAUGCUUGAUGUUUCAAUCUAUGUGCUAAUCUCACUCUUUGACACUAUUGUGAAAUGUUUUAGAUUUCCAGUAUACCACUGUGGGGAGAGAAGAGGGUGGCUGAAAGAUUACUGUGCUGCUUUCACACAGUUCCGCGGCUUAUUUACAGAAAGCUGUGAAGAUGAAAGAUGUAAAGAUGUAGAUUAUUAUGUUAUAUUUAAUUCCAAGUGCCUUACUCUUUUUUUUUUUUUUUUUGCUAAUCUCUUCUGAAUGUCCAAGUAACUAAUUUGAGGCUCCUCCUUCCCUCUAAAAUAAAAAAAACGCUGCUCUUCCUUGAA